UUUCCCCGACGACAAAACAAGUAAAAACAAUGGCAGGCGGAUUAUCAGAGAGUGAAUUAGCUCAACUUCGUAAUAGGUUUAAAAGAGAUGCAGAGCUUCUUUUACAGCCAGCGUCGGACGAGGAAGAAAAGAGUAAAGAGAAAGCAGACUCAAAACAACUCUCACGUUUUAAUCGACACUCUGUCUUCUGGAUUUUGGCUUCCAUCGGUUUGACCUACUACCUUGAAUUUUUUACAGUCAUCCUGGAAAGCGAAGAUAUUAUAAGAUGGUGGUUUAACGUAGGCCUGGUGCUGCUGGGUGUGUGUCUGAGCCUUGCCUCAUUCUGCAUUGUGUAUCUGGAGUGGUUCAAAGGCAUUCAACAUUAUGAUCAGGAAUACCCUGCCGUUCCACCAAUCACCACCGCCGCGUUCAUCGCUGCCUCCUUCAGUUUUAACAUUGCACUGUGGCCCGUGUGGUCUUUCUUCACUCCUGUGAUCCUCUUCACCCAGUUUAUGGGAGUCGUGAUGAUAAUCUCACUCCUUGGAUAAAAGCGAGAACACGCACACAGACGAUCACAUUUCUAAUCUUGUGUUUUUGCAGACCAUUUGGCUUCUGUUACGACAUCUUUGUGUGUGUGCAUAUCAGAUGAUACUGUCACUGUUGUCCUAUGAAACAAACGGGCUUUCCAUUUUCAGAGAGAUCGUGACGCUGAUAUUACUACAGUGUACAAUGUUUUUCUCCCUUUUUUAUGUUUCAGUAUGUAACUUAAUUUUAUACGUACAUGUUCUCAUAAAUAUCUCAGUGUAACAAAAUUCCGCAAAUGAAUUUCCUGAAUUAAAAAUCCAUUUCAGUCA